UUUCUCGCAGCACUUCACAAAUCAUCCCAUUCCACCAGAACUUCCAUGAAAGUCUGAAAACUGAAGGUUCUUUGAUCUUUCGUCCCCUAUCUGGACUUUCGGCACUGAAAUUCUCCUCUCAUUCUCUCUCCAUCUCCCCUCGGUUGCAGUCGCUAACGAUGCCUCUCAGAAGGCUGUUAGAGGUAGAACCACCGAGCCUACUGAGGUACAUCAUCGGAGCCGCAAUCAUGAUGGUCGGAGUUGUUUUGCCCGUCGGCUACAUGAUGUUCCGGAACAAACGUGUCCCUUCAUCCUCUUCCUACUCCAAGCAGACGUAGGAGUAAAGGCUUGAUAUAGAGAAAUUGGUAUGGACUCUAAUUUCUCGAAAAUGAGGAAUUGCUUGCAGUUGCAGAUGAAGGGAAGAAAAAGAAGAAGCACUAAACAGAUUGGUAUAUUACUGACGCCAUUAUGUUGAACUGCAAUUUUGAUACAUGGUUUGUUAGGAAUUUUAAUGUGGAGGAGUCUAAGUGAAAUAUAUGAUUCCUUUUUCCCUUCUCCACUUUUUCUGUGCUGUUUGGUUUGAAAAUUGCAUUGCCAUUUAUCAGUGAAAGAUCAAAGAUGUGUCUGUCAUAUUAUUCGAGAUACUUGUUUAAUAUAAUUAUUCUCGUCUGUA